AUGCCUCAACACAGUCCCCCGUCACCCACAAUACUGCCGGUUUUCGGCUCACUAGCUCGGAAAGCUCACCCACUGUCAAAAUCAUCACAAUUCAAAAAGCAACCUCUUCUCCGAUGCACAUCGUCGACAUCUCCCUUUCCACCUCUCAUAAACAUCUUCUCCUCUCAGCAUCAAUUGCGCACUUGUGCGCCACCCUCUUUCAACGACAAUAUCUUGUGUCCUCUCUCAUUCCUCCACGACUGGGCUUCGGUCACAGUCAAAUUCCAGAUUCCCUUCAAAUCCUCGUCGGCUAGAUCGAAUCUCCAAACCAUAUCCACAUCCGCCGUCGGCAUCGGCAUCGCCAACGUCACGAUGAAGGCCCUCCAGCUGCUUCUUGGUCUUGCCAUCAUGGCAGUUGGCUUCCUAUCCGGAGUAGGUGCUGAUCAAUGCGCCAAGGGCGCGACAGAAUUGGGGGGCAACUGGUUCUGUGAAGAAGUUAGCGCAAUCAAAUAUCACAACGUAGGCCUUACCGGCACAUACAACGAGGUUGUCCAUAUGGGCAGUGACGGUACUUGCCAAACAAAGGUCACCCACUUCCGUGGCCCUCUCGCCCCCUUCAAUGAUGAGCUCUCCUUGCACGUUCGUGGCCCGGUCGCUUUGAAGCAAUUCGCCGCCUAUAAUAUCCAAGGUCCUUCAAAGGUGGCUAAGCGUAGCCUUCACUUUGGCCAUGCACAGCUUCAUCAUCGGCAUGACCCGCAGAAGCGGGAUAAGAUCCUCGCGACUAUCGAUGGAGAGGUAGUGUCGUGGACCGCUGAUACGGCAGGCUAUUAUACUCCAAACCCGGUGGGAGGCCGAACUAGUCUGGUGACUGUGACAACAACGAUCUGCCCCGUUAGCAGCGCAAUUCCUACUGGUAAAGCUGAUGGCUUCUCCCUGGAUAAAAUUGCUGAACCGAAGACAACCUAUCCCGACGCCGCCUCUGUAGCUGAGAAUAAGGAGAUUGCCAAGUCCAAGCAUUCGUUCAAGAGAGUCUCGUAUUAUAAUGCGGAAUCCCAGGUUGCUGAUAAUGUCGUAUUCUUGGGCAACCACGGUGGAGCUCAUUCGGGUGUCUUUGACCACCACUUCGGUGCCUCUCAAUCAUACGUGGAUAGCAAAGGCAUUAGUGGAUCCGCAUAUCCAGAGGUCCUCGAGGACACCAUUAUUCCUUCAAGUCAUGAGAUCAGUAUCUUCACGGCGGAGAAAUGUGACAAAAAUUGCGGAUAUGUUCGUCCCGGAGCUGUGGCAUAUCGUGGGUUUGUCGGAGAGGCUAGAGCUUUCCUCAUUGAAUUCCAGAUGCCUCUUGACGGUAACCGUGGUUUCCAAGGCGAUACACCUGCGAUCUGGCUUCUUAACGCAAAGAUCCCUCGCACAGCUAUGUAUAUGAACUGUUCGUGCUGGUCUAACUGUGGAGAGAUUGAUAUUGCUGAGGCUCUGGACAAGGGCUCACUUAAGCUCAAGUCGACUAUCCAUGACCACAACCCAGGUGGAGAUUCAGACUACUUUGCUCGACCCACGGAGACCACAGUUACCUAUCUGGUGACAUUGCGAGACGAUACAGUCUUCAUUGCCCGGGUUGACAACCUGGCCUUCCCCACUGAACUCACGAGCGACUAUCUUGACGCAGUCACAGCUUCAGUUGAGCUGUCCAAGUCUGAUUUCAAUAUCGCACAUUUCGCUUGA